AUGUCGACGCCCAGCCCCGCAGGCCCCUCUACGCCUCAAGAACAGCCCAAUAAAUGGCUUCCUUCAAACCCCUUUGAUAUGCCUGAAACCAGGCACUUCAUCGCUCAGAAAAUCGCACUCGGUGAUAUCUCUCAGGACGAUGUGGAUAUCAUGGAGCGAGGUUACAACUGGAUGAUCUACACCCCUCCAGUCACAGCAGUUUCCUUCACUUUCCUCAUCUGGCAGCUCAUGAAGAAACAAUAUCCCCAGCCUAGGAUGGUCACAAGACUCUUCUGGGGCGGUCUUUCGGCCGGAGCUGGAGGGUUUUUGGGAUUCGGAGCUGCUGGUGUGGCGGCGGCUAUGGAAGUGGAGGACAAGAUGGAAGAUGUGGAGAGAAAAUCGCUGGUAUUCGAAGAGAUCACAGAUCACUCGAGGGUUAUCCACGAAGCCCGCAUCGCCGCCCUCCUCCCUCCCGCCCCUCCUGAGCCUGUGCUUACCCCCGCCGCUCGUCAAGCGACUACCCGAGGCAGCUCGAGAUUACCGAAGGACUUUGAAUUCCCGCCCGAGCGUGUUCAGGAGUUGAAGGUGGGGAAGGAGAGGGUUAAGGAGGAGACGCAGAGUACGUGGGGGUAUUUGAAGAGCUGGGUCAGCUGGAAGUGA